AUGAGCGGCCCGUACAACUAUGGCUUCAGGCCUCCCCAUGGACAAUCGCCUCUAAGCCCCGAGACGCCGACGAGUGCAUACAAGACCAAUUUGGGCAGGAAGAAAACUAAGAAAUGGGUUGAGGCCAAGGCACAGAACUACGACGGCGAUGACUGGGGUAACGACUUUGACGACGAGGAGCCCGAAGAACCGAUUCCUGUCCCACCUCUCAAGCCUGCCUCUCGUCAACCGAGUCCUAGCCAGGCAUCAACUGCGAAUCUACCGUCGAACCUACCGUCACACCAGCCACCUGCGCCUCAAUCCGCGGGACUGCCAACGAUGCGACCGCCGCAGCCGGCCUUGAACGAGUCGGGAUUAUCCACCAGCCCUCGGGCCACGGCAGGCCUACCGCCUUUGCGAAUCCAGACUCCGUCAUCACCCGCGCCUGCGCCUGCGCCUGCGCGCUCCGAACCGCAAAAUGUUCAACCUCCGAUUGUUUCGGGGCCGUCCUCCAUGGACAGUGUUUCUGACAAGGGCCCUUAUGAGCAGUUCGUGUCGCCGCAAUCUGCUCAUACUGGCCCAACACCGGAGCCCUCUCUCGUUCGGAACGAACAAUCGCAAAGUGUGAUACCUCCGAAUGGCGGCCGGCGAACUUCACCAGCGCCGGCGCAACCGCAAUCCACCCGAUUCCCACCUCGCAAGAGCAGUAUGGGCCAACAUGACAGUGAUCGCCUUCCUAGUUCUCGGUCAAGCUCCACUCAUCCUCCACAGGUCGAGCAGCGCUCGGGAUCUCCUUCCGGUAUCAUAUCGCCUGGCGCGUCCUCGACUUCGAAGCCGUCUUUUGUUCGACCCUCGGAUAUCUAUCGCCGCGUCGACAGUGAGAAGGAUAGGGAACGAGGUUCCAUGGACUCGGGACGACCCAGUCUGGAUAGCAGCGGCGGCUUCAAGACCGACCGCUCGCUUUCUCCCGCCAAGCCAUCCUCUGCUGACACUGGAAGUGGCGAACAAGUGGGUGGCAGCAGUUUGGGAAAGCCUGAAGGAGAAGAUGCAAUCCAAGGCAAUCUGCGACCGACCCUAGCGCCUGUUGCAGAGAGAAAGAGCGAAUACGGCUUCGACAACGUGCUUAUGCGACCCCAAAACCAUGCCCAAAAUCAGACAAUGCCCCCAAGUUCUGAAAGUCCCAACCUGGGCAUUCCAGCGCCCGCGCCUGAACCUCAGAUUGAACGUCCUAGUGAGGAAGAAGUUGCUCAACAACGCCGCUACUCGUCCAGUCCACGUUUGCCAGACCUGGCUCGCAUGUCUCUGUUCGGGGACGAUUUCUUUUCUAACCCCGGUAAAUUUGCCGACGAUGCACCCCCAAUGCCUGCGUUGACGCCACAACUUCAAGCAGCAGCGGCGGCGUCAGCACCACAACAUGUUGGAAACCCGCCGGCUGCUCCUGUUGCAUUAUCGACCGGGAGCUCAACACCCCAACGAGCCGACUCCCCUCGAGUGUCUGAGCAAAUUCUAAAGGAUUCAACUCCGCCGGCAGAGGUUCCUCGAAAUCAAGAAAACGUAGAUCCCGCCAAAUCGGAUCUGGCAUCUCUGCCAUCGCGGCCCUCUCUUCCUGGCGGCUGGGUCACUGAAACUAGAUCAGUCACUCACGGGCAGACGCCGCCUGCUGUUGCAGAGAAGAAGACCCUGGGCGUUGAUCCUGGCGAAGUUUCCCCGGUCUCCGACAACGAGCACGACGAAGUCCCAGGCAGCGGUGUCACAAUUGUGAAGGCUGUGGCGUCGAUGCCGAUACCCAUCUCUAAUGCAUCGGGGCAACCAAUGCCUGCCUCAAGCCAAGCCAGUGAGGAAAGCCACUCGGCCGACGCUCCCGUUAAUCCCCUGGCUCCGUUGAAUGCCGGGCACUCGGAUCCUUCUUCAUCGCGCUUCGUAGCACCUGAGAGAUUGCAACGCGAAUCUACUAUGAGCACAGUCACUUCACCAUCCCCUGUCAAAGAGAGCGACAAGCUCCGGGAGGAAAUCAUGCGGAGCCUCAGUCCAGUCCGGCCUACAAGUGACUUCGAUAGCUUUAACGGCAAUCGAGUGGGACAGUCAGAGGAGGAUACCGGCCCUCGCGAGAGCACAUACCUGCACGGUGUCUAUGAUGAUUAUUGGACUGCAGGCGAUGAUAAGCCUGAUGUACCAGAGCUCCCGGCGAAGCAGCCAGAGCUAGAUGUUCACUCUGUUGCAAAACAGGAUGUCUCCGAUGUGCCUCCUCUGAGCCCUCGCAAGGAGAAUGCAGGAACGCCUCCGACACUUGGUCGACGAUUUUCCUGGGAAGCGGAAUCGGAACAAGUCACGCCGGGCCCGGAUGAUUCCCAAGAGAAACCCGUGUCAGACUCCCAGCCACAAGCUGCCCCUGUGGCUCCUGUCAGCUCAAGCUCACCUGCCCUUGGACACAAACAGUCUCCAGCGUUGUCGUCUGAAGAGACAAGGGACGCUGAGCAAACCCAGCCAUCCACCAGCACUAUGGACGAGACGCAUAUUGCAGUGCCAACAACUUCAGGCACGAUGUCACACCAAGUGUCGCAGGUCAGCUCGGUGCCGAGAGAGCGGCUGGACUCAGAGAAUAUUGAGCCUCCGUCGCCCGUGUCAGCCGUGACUGAUAAGAACCACGCCUCGGCCGCCCCUCCCCGACGCCUGUCCCUCGCGGAAGAAAAGUCAAUGGUUCGGGUUUCGUCCAAUCCCGUGUCCCCCAGCCCACCGCCGGGCGAACACCCGGCGCUGGCUCGAUCUUCGGAAGCGACAUCGCCUCCGCCUGCCGAGCCGUCGCAAGACCAGCCAGCCGCACCUCUUAAGAUCAUUAACUUCAAGGAGAUCAUGGAGAUUCAAAACGCAUCGGAGAGAAUCAAUAAGUACAACGAGACUAGAGCGCAAUUUGCAUCAAUGGAUUCGGGAUUAAACAAUUGGCUCGUCAACCUCAAGUCUCAGCAUCCCGAGCACGCCAAUGCGACGGCGUCAUUCGCGGCCAACGUUUCAAACGUUGGCCAACCAUCAGCAUCACCAACAGCGUCCCAGCCAAAUUCUCAACAGCCCUACUAUCAGCAGUAUCUCAACGCUAGCUCGACCAAUGUCAGCACAGUAGCAGCCACAGCAACAUCCUCGGGUCGUCCUCCCGCAGGCAGCGUAUCCAUGGGGUCCCAUUCGCCUGGGAGCGAUUUCAAGCAUUCGAGUGGUCAAGUCGGGGCAAAGGGCAAGGGACUGUUGCUUGCGGCGGGUAAGGCGGGUAAAGGUUUAUUGAGCAAGGGCAAGAACAAACUCCGUGGCACUGGGGACAAGGUAUUUCUUUAA